AUCACGAACUCUCGAAUGUUUUGUUCCUGGAAGUAGCAGGCAAAACACCAGUAAGGGGUACUUUGGUAAGUCAGGCUCCAAAGAGUUGCACCCUGUUCGCCGCGGAGCGUUCGUAGAUUUUAUAAAUUCCCGGCACGGCACGAGUGCGGAGCGUUUCCCUGGAAGGUGACGGAUUUCCGGCCCGAAAGGAGAGAGCCGAAGACGGUGGCAUUCUUGUCCUCUCUCGAUUCCCGCGGAUCUUGUUUGAUCACUUCCAUUCUUUACACCUCUGUAAAUCGGGAUUCAAGUUCCGAUCUUUCCCUGAUCGUGCCGAUUUACGAAGAUUGGUUCGCUAUUCUAAGGAUUUCUGGAGGAUCUGGUGCGCUCGAGGCAAGGAGUUCGUUUUAGGUUGUUCUUCCUGUCUGUUAACGCAGUUCGUUUCAGUCUUCGUUCGAUUCUGCUGCUCGGACGCAGUCAGUCGUGUCGGUGUUCGUUUUGUAUAAGUUCGUUUUACAAGGGACGUCGUCACAUUGGAUACAGGCGGAACUAGGUUUUCUUUAUUGGGAUCCAGUGGUAGGGGUUAUUAUGUUGUUUUAAAUUGGAAGUUUGCUGUUCAUCGUUAGGGUGAGAUUUGUCCUCGAUGAGAAUUAGGUGAAAUUUAACUUGGUAUGGUAACUUUCCUUUGUGACGUAUGUGGUUCUUCUGAUGAUUUUGGUGGUUGCUGAUGAUCGGCGAUAAAGGUUUUCUUCUGUGAGGGCUGAAGUUGAUCUUCGAUGGCGACAGCCACGGUUGCCACGGCUACCGGGGCCGCGAUUCUUCUGUAUUAUAUGAUGAACCGGAGGUUGUCUAUUGAGAGCGGGAAGAACGGAGAAGAUGAAAAUAACAGUGAGAUAAGUGCAAAGUCUCCUUCCAGAAGGAGGAGAACCGUCCGUAGGCCAGUACAGGCACCUGCAAAUUGGUACGAAACCAUGGCGACUCUGUCAGAGACUUUGCGCUUCACCUAUUCUGAAACCCUAGGAAAAUGGCCCAUCGGUGAUCUUGCCUUUGGCAUUAAUUUUCUCAUGAAGAAGCAGGGCGACGUACAUGUUGCCAGUAUAUAUGCCGGAAGUGACUCUGUGGAGCUUCAAGGUCCGGGUUUAAAAGAUGAUUUAAUCUAUCUUUUGAAACUACUGACUCUGUGCAUGCAUUUCUCCAAAAAACCGUUUCCACUAUUUUUGGAGGUUACUGGCUACGGUCAGGAGGAUGUUCUUCUACAGGAGCCUAAGGCUGGGCUUUUGAAACCUGCAUUCACAAUUAUAGCAGAUAAAAAUUCGAAGUGCUUCCUUCUCCUGAUUCGAGGAACCCAUAGUAUUAAGGACACAUUGACAGCAGCUACAGGUGCAGUUGUACCCUUUCACCACUCAGUUUCGGAUGAUGGUGGUUUCAGUAAUUUAGUUCUAGGGUAUGCCCAUUGUGGCAUGGUUGCAGCUGCAAGAUGGAUAGCAAAGCUUAGUACUCCUUGUCUUCUUAAGGCAGUUGAUGAGAACCCUGAUUACAAAGUCAAGAUUGUUGGCCAUUCUUUGGGUGGUGGUACUGCUGCAUUGCUAACAUAUAUACUUCGUGAGAGGAAAGAAUUUUGUUCAGCCUCCUGUGUUACCUUUGCGCCAGCUGCAUGCAUGACAUGGGAUCUGGCCGAGUCUGGCAAACACUUUAUUACUACUGUAAUCAAUGGUUCUGAUUUGGUUCCAACCUUUUCUAUUGCUUCAGUUGAUGAUCUACGUUCGGAGGUGACAGCAUCUUCUUGGAUAAAUGACCUAAGGGAUCAGAUUGAGCAUACACGUUUUCUGAGUACCGUCUAUCGGUCUGCAUCUGCUUUAGGUUCUCGACUUCCAUCUAUUGCCAGUGCCAGAGCAAGGGUUGUGGGUGCAGGUGCUCUUUUACGUCCAGUUUCUAAUGGCACACAGGUGGUGAUGAAAAGAGCUCAAAAUGUUGCUCAGGCUGUUGUGAGGAGUAGGUCUUCUCUCUCUUCAUGGUCAUGCAUGGGUGCACGCCGUCGCAAUGUUGUAAACGUGUCAAGUUCUGAUAUGGAGCAAAGCGAUGGUAGGUUAUCUACAUCACUAAGCUCGAAGUCCAUGAUGGCUGAAGUGGCCGAGAGUGAGAUGAUGGCAGAGGACUCCAGAGACUUGGGACACGAGGAAACAGAAGAAGAGGGACUUAUAAAGAGCGGUUGUGCUAGCACUGGGAAUGAUGAUAUGACCGAGCAUGAACUUUGGCAAGAACUUGAAAAAGAAAUACAGCGGCGAGGGGAAAUUGGUCGGAGGGUGCACGAAGAAGAAGCAGCUGCCAUGAAAGAAAUCACAGAAGAGGAAAAAGAAGUAGCUGAGGCCGCGGUAGAAAGGAACCCUUCUGCUACAAGUGCCUAUGAGACUCAGAGAUUUUACCCCCCUGGUAGGAUCAUGCACAUGGUUUCCCUUCCACCGCCUGACGGUGCAUCGGGUGAUGACGUUUGUGCUGUCACCGAGCAGAAGGUGGGGAUUUAUGAGACGCCAAGGCGCCUGUACAGUAAGCUUAGGCUCUCAAGAACUAUGGUAAAUGAUCAUUACAUGCCUGCCUAUAAGAGAGUGAUGGAGUUACUUAUCAGCCGACUUGAUGAAGCGGAAGAGGAAGUCGAGUUGGACGCGAGCACCUAGAUAAUGUAUACCACUUUGUAGAAAUGAGUUAAAAAAAAAUAAUAAGGUGAAAAAAAAAAAUCUUGUACAGCA